AUGGUGAACAACGAGUCAGACUAUCGUGUUAAAGUAGCUAUUCGUGUUCGACCAUUUUUACAACGAGAAAAAGCUCAUGAACAAAAAAGUUGCAUUGCAAUUCAUCCUCAAACAAAUCAAAUUGUUAUCGGUGAUCGAAAAACUUUCAAAUACGAUUAUGUUUUUGGACCUAAAACACAACAAGAAGAAUUAUAUCAAACAUGCGUUGAACCAAUGCUUACUAAUGUUUGCGAUGGCUACAACGUUACAAUAUUUGCCUAUGGUCAAACCGGUUCAGGGAAAACUUUCACUAUGACUGGUGGAAAUAUUUUAUCUAUCCCAGAAAAAGACUAUGGAAUUAUACCACGUUCUGUACAAACGAUUUUUGAUACGUUACAAAAUCGAAGAGAUUGUCGUGUUAGUAUUUCAGCAUCAUAUUUAGAAAUCUAUAAAGAUGAUAUUAUUGAUUUACUUGAUGUCAAUGACAAAGUAUUAGAUGUCCGAGAUGAUGCCGCUGGAAAUACGAUUGUUAUCGGUGCCAGUGAACAUACAUGCCAUUCUAUUGAUGAUGUUGUUAAUUUAUUAAAGAAAGGUUCAGCUGUUCGUCAUACAGGUGCAACACAAAUGAAUGAUGAAUCAUCGAGAUCACAUGCAAUCUUUACUCUAUAUAUUGAACAACGUCUCCGUGAUCCAAAUUCAAAUUCAACAGUGGUACAGGCAUCUUAUGAUGGUCUUGUAAAACCAUUAAAAUCUACACUCGAAGAAAGCUACCUUUCUGCUAAACUCCAUUUUGUUGAUUUGGCUGGUUCAGAACGUGUAGCACGUACACAUAAUACAGGUGAACGUUUUCAAGAAUCGAUUCGUAUUAAUUCUGGUUUAUUGGCUUUGGGCAAUGUUGUCAGUGCAUUGUCAGAUCCGAAAAAACGUGCCGGGGGUCAUAUCCCUUAUCGUGAUUCAAAAAUCACUCGUCUACUGAAAGAUUCACUAGGUGGAAAUGCUAAAACACUCAUGAUUACUUGUGUUAGUCCCUGCAUUGUUGAUCUUGAUGAAUCUCUAAACGCCCUUCAAUAUGCUCAUCGAGCAAGUCAAAUUCGCAAUAAACCUAUCAAAAAUGUCGAUCCUAAUGCACAACGAUUUAUUGAGAUGCAAAGUGAAAUCACUUUUCUACGUGAAGAAUUGGAACGACAAAGAGUUAUCUUAUCUCGAAACGGGCAAUCAGUUAAUACUCGUCGUUCGAACAUAACACCUACUGUAGAUAAUUCACGUCGUUUAAUUCAAACUGCAUAUACAUGUUUUCAACAAUUGAAUGAGUGUAAUGAAUUAAAUGAUGAACAAAAGCAAUGGAUACAAACAUGGAUGGAAGCAGUUACUAAUGAAAAUCCAGAAGAUCUUUAUAACGACAUCUAUACAUUUCGAUUAACAAAUUUAGAACAUGCACUUCAUUCGGCUAAAGAUGAAUUGCAAACAGAAGCACAAAUACGUGUUAAUCGAGAAAUGAUGCUUGAGAAAUUACAAGAAGAACUUAAAGAGAAAGAAGAUGAGUUGAAUCGAAUACGUGUCAGAUUGGAUGAAUUGAAUUAUCAUCGACAGCAACAAGAAGAUAUGGCUGUAAAAUCACAGGAUCAACGUUUCUCAACAAAUGUUUAUCAAACAAGUCAAUCAGCAAAAGCUUCUUUAUAUGAUCGAGUCAAAUCUGCGCCUCAUUUUGGUGGUAUUCAACGAAAAGACCAUUCAGUACAACCACGAAAUAUUCAUUCGAGCCCAGCUGCAUUUGAUAUGGAAUAUGUUGUAGACAGAUUUCAUGGACGAUCAUUGGCUUUAGCACAUUCACAAGAAGAAAUUGAAGAGCUAAGCUUGAAAACUAGUGAUGAUUCAUCAAUAAAAGAAAAAAACCUCGUUCGACAUGGUACAUAUCGUGUUCGUAAAAGUCGUGCAAUACCAAGUAUUCUACCACAAGAUGAAACCUUACAAGCAUUAACUCAAUCAACCAUGGAUAAACAGAAAUUAAUUGAAGAAGCAACACGCAAAGUAAAAGAAGCAGAAAGUAAAGCACAAGAUCUUAGUAAAAAUAUUCAACUUAAAGAACAAUUAAUUAAAAGUGUUUAUGCAUCAACAAAAGAUUUUAAAGAAACUAAUGAACAAUAUCAUAAACAUGUUAAAAUGCUUGAAAAAGAAAUGGAAAAAGCUAAACGUGAAUAUCAUGACUUGCAAAAAGCUGUGCAACAAAUAGCAACAAAAAAUGUCAAUGAAAAAUCAAAAUUUGAUGCUGAAUAUCGAAAAAAAUGCGAAAUGGCCAAAGCGCAUCUUGAUUCACUUCAACAAAAAGAAAAACAAUAUCGAGAACUCAUGAUUAAAUUAACCGGAAACACUGAAAAAAGAAUUGUGGAUCUUCAAUCAGCUCUCUUUCGUAUGAAACAACAAUAUGAUACAGCACAAAAACGUAUACGUGAAGAAACUGAACUAAAAAAUAAAGUCGAGCAAGAACUCUUACGUGAACAACAACGUAUACAAGAAUUGACAAUUCAAAAUGAACAACAACACAAAGUUUUAAAGUUAAAAACUGAAGGCCUUGCUGCAGCACAACGAAAACUACGUGGCGCAUCGAACGGAAAUAUUAUUGAUGGAACAACAACUAAUUUGGAAAUUGAAAUGGAAAAAUUAAUCGCUGAACGAAAAGACUUGGAAGCAUUAAGAGAUGAUAUUAAAAAACGCGAAGAACUGAUUCAAAAGAAAGAAUCAUUACUUAGUGAAAAAACAGAACUUGAAGCUAAAAUAUUACGUUCAAGUCAAGUUGUCAAUAAGAGUUUGAAAAACAAUGAUAAACAAACAUCGAAUCAUCAGCUGAUACGUGAACAAUUAGUAAAACAAAAACGUUUAUUUACUGAACGAUUAGACGAACAAAAUGGCAUAUUCUCAGCGACGGACGAACGACGUUUGAUUGAAAUGGACGAAGCCAUUGAAGCAAUCGACUUAGCAAUUGAUUAUCAAAAUAAUAUGAUUUCAAAGCGAGAACGUGAUGUUCAACAAUCGAUGCAAGCUAGUCAGGGUUUCGAUUCUCCAUUAUUUAAAAUCAACCAAUUGAAUGAACACGAAUCAAAAGAACUCUGCCGUACAUUAUUCGAGAAAGUAAUUAAUCUCAAAGAAGAAGAUAAUAAAAAUCGCCGUGAUUAUGAAGAAAUUAAAUGUCAACUUCUUGAACAAACUGAAACAAUCAACGAAUUACAAUCGCGUGUUCAAUCUUUAUCACUUGAUCAUGAUCGACGUUUAACAUCUAUUCAGCAAAUUCAUGAAGACGAAAAGCAACUACUAUUUGGUCAAUUACAAGAAUCAUCAAAUCAAAUAAAACAACUUGAAAAAGAUUUAUACUUCUAUAAAUAUAAAACAAGAGAAUUACGUAAGUCAAUGGCAACAUCAGUAACAAAUAUUAAUGAUAUACCAACACAACGAACCGAAUCUAAUACAAAUGACGGCGAUCUACGAAAUUCGAGAUCGGCUGUGCAACAGCAACAAUCGGCGCCAUUUCAUCUCAAAAUAGGUAGCCGAAGCAAUUCAGCGCAUCAAUCAUAA